CUUGCCUGUGGUGUGGGGAAAUGAUGAAUGGAGCUGUUCUGUCUGAGGAGGAGGAGGGUUACUGUCACUCUGGCGAGCCUGCAGCCUUAUUUAUUACACACCAAAGUAUAAAACCACCCAGCUGCCUGCAGUUCUCAUCUCCAGCCUGGCAUUUUCCUGAGGAGACCACAGCGCCUAGAGACCCCGUCAUCUUCCUAAGGAGGCUCUUGUGGCUUUGUUGAGAAUCAUGCUUCAGAGGCAGUUCGUCCGCUGGCACCUGCUGGCUUUGCUUUUCCUCCCAUUUUGCCUGGGUCAAGAUGAAUACAUGGAGGUGAGCAGAAGAGCUAAUAACGUGGUGGCACGAAUAGUGCAGAGCCACCAGCAGACUGGCCUUAGCAGCUCCAGGAGGGAGAAAGUGAGAGAGCAGAGCCAUCCUAGAACUGGGACUGUGGAUAAUAACACGUCUACAGACCUAAAACCCCUGAGGCCACAUGAGCUACCGCACCCCGAGGUAGAUGACUUAGCCCAGAUCACCCCGUUCUGGGGCCAGCCCCCACAAACUGGAGGGAUGCCCCCAGAUUGCAGCAAGUGUUGUCAUGGAGACUAUGGCUUCCGUGGCUACCAAGGCCCCCCUGGACCUCCAGGACCUCCAGGUAUUCCAGGUAACCAUGGAAACAAUGGAAAUAAUGGAGCCACUGGCCAUGAGGGGGCCAAAGGUGAGAAAGGAGACAAAGGUGACCUGGGACCUCGAGGUGAGAGGGGACAGCAUGGCCCGAAAGGAGAGAAGGGCUACCCCGGAAUUCCACCAGAACUGCAGAUUGCAUUCAUGGCUUCUCUGGCAACCCACUUCAGCAAUCAGAACAGUGGGAUUAUCUUCAGCAGUGUUGAGACCAACAUUGGAAACUUUUUUGAUGUCAUGACUGGUAGAUUUGGGGCCCCUGUGUCAGGUGUGUAUUUCUUCACCUUCAGCAUGAUGAAGCACGAGGAUGUAGAGGAGGUAUACGUGUACCUUAUGCACAAUGGUAAUACGGUCUUCAGCAUGUACAGCUAUGAAACAAAGGGGAAAUCCGACACAUCCAGCAACCAUGCAGUACUGAAGCUGGCCAAAGGGGAUGAGGUGUGGCUGCGCAUGGGCAAUGGUGCCCUUCAUGGGGACCACCAGCGAUUCUCCACCUUCGCAGGCUUCCUGCUCUUUGAAACGAAGUAAAUAGAUGAGCUCCAUGUUGGGGACGACUUGUAGCUGAUCUGGGAUUGUUGUGAUUUGAGAAAUGGCAAAGUUGGGGAUUUAAAGGCCAUGUUAAAAACACCAGCUACACUGCUAGUCAGGUUACAGGUACACCAAUAAUAUUGGAUGAUGCAGGGGAAUAAAGCACCAAAGAGUCCUUCCAGAUGGUCUUGAGAAUUUACUCAGCAUCUUUAUCAUUAUUCCCUGUGAUACUUAAACAAGGAAUUAUUCCAUGAUGCAUGUUGGAAAUAAUUAUUCUUAUCAGAGAAAUCAUAUGCAAAAAAAGUUCUGGUGCUCAUGUUUUGAUUUAGUAUCAGCUUUCAGGAAUGUCUGAAGUUCUGAGUUCAUUCUUCUUUGCAACAUUUCAGAGGACAGGAUACAAUUAUCAUCCUAUUCUGGGGCAUGUACAAAGGCCUCACACUAGAAACUACAUGUGGGAAGUACAACUUUUCAUCUAGGGGGUAAUAAUAUUCUCAAGUAAAGUAGAGAUCUUUAUUUUU